AUGGGGAAGGAGCAGGACUUACUGGCAGCUGUGAAGAGUGGAGACCUGCUGCUGGCCCACAAACUGCUGGCCAGAGUCAAGGGCAACAAAGCGAUUCUUUCAAACUUCCAAAAGCCUCCAGAUGUCAUCGUCACAUCCCCGCGGCAGGCCCGGGUGACGACAAGCCCUGACACCAUUGAGAGCAGCCAUGAGCUAAUCUACCCCUCGCCUUCGCCCCGUGCGCCUGUCCUUAUCAGGGCCUAUCCCAGUGCGGGCGGGACACUGGCUUUGUUCACACACAUCUCUGCGGCUGGUGGGUGCCCGGGGAGCCGAGACCGGGCCCUUGUCGCAGUCACAGUGGCGGGCUUUCAUCAGCGCGCCACAGACAAAGAGCGCACUGUAUUCAGGCAGAGGUGGUGGGGUAAGUUAGGGGCCACACCGCACACCUGCCCUGGCCCCUCAGGCUGCAGGGGCCCCAGGUCAGGGAUCAUCAGCACCUCCAAUGCUAAAGAAAUGGUUAUUAUCAAACCAGACUUGCUCUGA